AUGGCUCAUGACAUCACAAUGUUUAGCUUUUCGCAAGCACGGAUAGUGAAUAAAAGUGGAACUAGACUUGUAGAUGAAAUUGCUAGAGAUCUGAAAGCGAUGCUUGAUGUUCGAAUCAAUGCAGUAAAACGUAUUGUGAAAGUCGUGGAAGAUCUUCCAAAAGUUAAUGAGAACACGACAGAUUUCGAGAAUUAUUCGUUUGUUAACACACGCGAUCGUGAUGAGUUUCGAGAAGAAGAGUUACGCUUGAAAAGGAUUGAAGAUGAAUUAAAGGAAAGACUUUCACAAAGUGAAAACUACACGAAAAAGCGGAAACCACAACAUGAUGGAAUGAUUUGUUAUCAAUCGGAUAGUCCAAGUGAUGAUGAUGCUGAUGAAGAUGAAAUUGAUUAUGGUUGUUUUGCUAAAUAUAAUGAGACGAUAAAUUUAAAGUCCAAAGAAGCUUCCGUUUAUCUUCCACUUGAUGUUUUUGACAAAGACGGGAAUAUCACGAGAAUUAUUCAUCGUUCGAGAGGCAUUGACAAAGCAUUUUUCGGAAAUUACAAAAUUGAUCCAACAAUUGGUUGGCAAUAUUUUUGCAACUCAUCAGGAUUGUUUCGUCAUUUUCCAGCAACAAGUUGGAGCUUCCAUCCAAUAAAUAUGUACGAUUGUCGAAUGAGGCAUUGGUUUGCUGGUGCUGCUGCAUCUGCAAAGGAUGUGAUGAUUCUUAUCGAAAUAUCAGGGUCAAUGAACGGAACCCGAAUCGGAAUUGCAAUCGAUGUUGUGAGAAAUAUUCUCGACACUUUAACACCAAAUGAUUUUGUAAAUGUCAUUGAAUUCAGCGAAAAUGCCACGUACGCUAUUCCAUGUGCAAAAGGCUUAAUCCAAGCAACGUCUGCUAAUAUAUUCGAAUUAAAACAAGCCAUAGCUGAUAUCGAGCCGAAAGGUCAAACUGACCUUGCUGAAGCUUUAAGAGAAGCUUUCGAAGUGCUUGCAAUUCAUAAAAGAUCAAGUGCUAAUUGUAAUCAAGUUAUAAUGUUGAUAACUGAUGGAAUGGAAUAUAAUUUAACAAUUCAAGACAUUUUUCGUGACUACAAUUGGCAUAAAGGAAGUAACGUUCGAGUAUUUUCGUUUUUAAUUGGUGAACAAAUACCUGAAGGCGAUUAUGAACAAGUGAAGCUUAUGGCAUGUGAAAAUCGUGGAUAUUACACUCAAAUUGAUACAAAAAAGGAGACAAGAGAACAGUCUUUGAAAUACAUUCCAAUCAUUGCACGACCUUUAGUGUUGGCAUCUCAAAAUAUGGCACAAAAUCCCAUCGUUUGGUCAAAUCUUUAUGCUGAUGUCGUCGAUUCAUAUCGAAUUACAAAUCAUGAUUGGAACUGCAAACAGAGUGAGACGCAACGUAGAAGAGUUGUAAAGUAUUUAAGUGAAUACGAUUGGUAUCCUUGCAUAACGAGAAAUGAACCGGAAGAAUGGAAUCCUGAGUAUCGGAAAUACGUUUUCAUGACGACAGUUUCAAUGCCUGCUUUCGAACGUGGUGUUAAUGCGGUAAGACGUUCACAUCAACUUCUCACUUACUCGAUAAAUAAUGAAAAACUCUUCAAUAAUUCACAGUCAUUGAUGGGAGUUGCCGCAGUUGACGUAGCCUUAUUUGAAUUUGAAAGACUGUUCCAAAACUUUCGAUUAGGUGUCGGCGGUUACGCAUUCGUGAUUGAUUCAAAUGGAAACAUUCUGACACAUCCCGAAUUCAGACCUUUUUUUCAAGGAAAGAUUCUCAAGCCAUCCUACAAUUCCGUUGAUAUAGCUGAAGUUGAAUUAAUGGAUGACGGAUAUGAUCCGAGAGAUUUCAACAUGCUUUUGCUAGAGUUUCGUGAAUCAAUCAUCAUUAAAUCAUCGGGAUCGAAGUACAUGCUGGCACUGCAACCAUAUGACGAUAUGCGCCGAGCUUUUCGCCUACGCAGAAAUUAUUUCUGGAGGAAAAUAUCUCAAACACCAUUCACAGUUGUUGUGACAUUUCCUGAACAUUUCACAGGUCGGAUACAAAUUCCAGAAAGUGAAGCUGAUGCGAUGAUGACGCAAGGCUCAAAUGUCAAAAGAUUUUUCAAAGAUGAUUUUAAAAUCCAUCCAAAUUGGAUUUAUUGUCGUGGUAUUCGAAAAAGUUUGGAAGAAAUGAAAUUGGGAUUGAUUGAUCCAGACAAUUGUGAAAUGACACCGGAAGAAGAGCUCGUCUUUUAUCUCGAGAAGUUUGAAGAGUCGGGAUGGAAAUGGAAGCAAGAUAAGUUAGAUUCAAACGAUACAAUGUGCAAUCGAAAGUUAAUGCAAGCACUUUUGUUCGAUGCGAAAGCGACAAUGAAUUUUCCAUCUGACUUUCCUAAACGAUCAAAGGAAAUGAGCUUUAUUGAGAAAUUUCGCAUCAAGACGUCAUUUCUUGCUACACACAGCGGUCUUCUUCGAUAUAAAAUCUUCGAUAAGAAAAUUCGAAGUGAAACAUUCGGAAAUAAAAUGAAGAAAUCGACUGAUGAAGUUUGGUACAAACAUUCAGUUGAAUUUAAUAGAGAAAACCCUCAGAGCUUUGUUUAUACAGUUCCAUUCAAUGCAUAUGAACAAAAUGAUCCCAUCAUCACUGCUACACACACACUCUUCAUUCGUGAUGGUUCUGACCAAGUACCGCUUGCUGUCGUUGGUUAUCAAUUUGCACAUUCAAAGCUUGAAGAAAUGGCAGAACAGAUUUGCCCUCGAGAUAAGGAAGAACAAUGUUACAUUCUCGAUGAAAACGCUUACAUUCUCUCAGAUCCCGACGCUGAACAUACAGGAAAAUUCUUCGGGUCUGUUGAAAAGAAACUCAUGCAAAUUCUCAUCGAAGAUCGCGUUUAUGAAGCUGUCAGAGUUUAUGAUUAUCAAGCAGUUUGUUAUGUUGAUCGUGACGUAGAUUAUGAUGCAAUAAUGAAGAGAAAUUCAGCAGUUAGCACAUUGCUUUGGAACCCUGUCAAGAAUUUCUUCAUGUUUAUCAUCACGCUUUUGUCGAUAAUGUAUCCCGAUCCUGAACAUUUCUAUGAUGAAAGCAUAAAUAGCGAAUUUUUCUGUCCAAAUAUUCAUGACAGUGUCUUCAUGGAAUGUUUAAAAGAAAAAGAAGUGAAAACAAAUGACACAAACGAUUCUGAAUACAGACAAUGCCUCGAAAAGAAACAGAAACGAUUCCUGAAAUGUAAUGACGAAAAUGGAACAGAAUAUAUUUUAAAGCGACAUAUUAGCAGAACCAGGCCAACAAAAUGUGAUAAAUUUAACAAUGUUUAUUCUUUAACCAAAGAUGAAAGCAAUUUUCUUAAGCCUUAUGACGAAUGCAGUCGACCAUUUGUUGUCCAAAAGAUAGCACACAGUAAUCUAAUUUUGCUCAUUACAAAUCGUAAAUGUAACCAAGUAUUUGCAACGGAAGGAAUAUUCAACGAUGAACCAAAGACUAUUGAAUAUGACAAUUCUACUUUCUGUCAUAAGUUGAAAAUUCCCAUGUUUAGAAGCCGUCCCAAGAGUUGUAUGACUUAUCAUGAAAAAGAACCGAAAUUUGAUCCAAACAACAAAGAUCGAUCUCAAUGUGGAAGUGGAAAUAAAAUUCAAAUCAACACAUUAAUCACGCUUUUGUCACUUAUCUCAGCGCUUUGCGAUACCCUCAAAUGAAACUAAUGAAAUAUAUAAUGACGAUGAUGAUAAUUUUUAAGUUAGAAUUUGCCAAUCUUAACUAACAACAAAAGUGCCAAGAAAACUGUUGACUCAAUCAACUUUAAAGUAUUCUUCUUAUUUUAAAACUUAAGCAGUACAAAACUU